AUGGCUACUGUUUCAGCACUAACUAACCUGAUUGUUGAUAAAUCAAAAUGUGAAUCCGUCCGCACUCAUUUACCGACGUACGAUCGGAGUCAACUCAAACAUGGCAUUGUUCAUUUAAGUGUAGGAAAUUUUCAUCGAUCGCACUUAGCUUAUUAUAUGGAUAUGUUAGCAAGUGAACACGGACACACUGAUUGGGGUAUUGUAGGUGUAGGAGUUCGUUCGUUCGAUAAACCCAUGAGUACGGUCUUAAAAGCACAAGAUGGUUUAUAUACAUUAGUAACGAAAGGAACUGACGAAAACGAUGUAAACGUUCGUGUUAUUGGUUCUUUGAUUCGUUACUUAUUUGCACCGGAUGAACCAGAAGUUGUUUUAGCUACACUUGCACAUCCGGACACCAAAAUAGUCUCUAUGACGAUUACGGAAAGUGGCUAUGACUUAGAUAUGAAUAAUCCUGAUAUUCAACAUGAUUUGAAAAAUUCUGCUAAACCCAAAACAGCAUUUGGUUUUCUCGUUCAUGGACUAGAUGCUCGUCGUCGUGCGAAUGAAAAACCGUUUACAAUUAUGUCGUGUGAUAACGUUCAACAAAAUGGUGAAGUAGCUAGAAACUGUGUUCUACAAUUUGCUAAAGCUUUAAACAAUCCUGAAUUGACUGAAUACAUUGCAACAAACGUAACCUUUCCGAAUGCCAUGGUUGAUCGAAUCACCCCGGCGACGAGUGAUGCCGAUCGUGAAUAUGUCCGGACGCAUUGUGGGAUUGCUGAUGCGUGGCCUGUCGUUACUGAACCGUUUGUUCAAUGGGUUAUCGAAGAGAAGUUUUGCAACGGCCGACCUCCACUCGAGCUACUUUCCGCAUCGCCAUACAAUGUUCUUCUCACUGAACAUGUCGAAGCAUACGAAUGUAUGAAAAUGCGUCUUCUCAAUGCUUCCCACACUGGCAUGUGUUACAUUGGUUAUUUGAUGGGCUAUACGUACAUUCACGAGAUCAUGUUAGACAAACAGAUCGAAGUUUAUAUUAAAGAUUUAAUGGACAAUGAAGUGACGCCAACUCUACCACCAGUGCCUGGUAUUGAUCUGGAUAAUUAUAAACAAACAUUAAUUGAACGAUUUUCUAAUCCACACAUUAAAGAUACCGCUUUGCGGGUAUGCAUGGAUGGUGCAUCGAAAUUCCCUAAAUUUCUCGUUCCAACGAUCGUUGAACAGCUAAAACGCGGAAAUAAUCCACAUUUUUGUGCAUUAGCUGUAGGUGCUUGGGUAAGAUAUCUCGGCGGAGUGGAUGAACAUGAGAAACCAAUUACACUACAAGAUGCGUUAGCUGUUGAACUGAAAUUGAGUGAAUUGGCUAUUAAAACAAAACCAAAUGCAAAGCCUGUUCUUAGUGUUCCUCAAGUUUUUGAUAAUCUAGCUGAGAAUCAACCAUUUGCUAAUGCAGUCGAACGUGUAGUUCAACUUUUAUAUACUGUUGGCUCGAAAGAAACGCUGAAACAGUGGGUCAAUGAAGCACCGAAGAAGAACUGA